AACAAUCCCUUAAUUCGGGAGACGUCCUUCUCCAGCACUGCCCGUCAAAAGAGUUCCAAAGAACUCCCUGCUACUAAACGACUGUGAAGAGUAGUAGAAGCAACAUUGACUACUCCACGGAUUUUCACUACUACUAGCAAUAGCAGCGAGCGAUGGGAGAAGUAGGAGAAGAUGAUCCGCAGAAAUUGAAGAGAAUAGCGGCGACGGCGUAUGACUAUGAGAAUGAUCCCAGAUGGGCCGAUUACUGGUCCAACAUCCUCAUUCCUCCCCAUAUGGGCUCCCGCUCCGAUGUCGUCCACCAUUUCAAGCGCAAGUUCUACCAGCGUUACAUUGAUUCUGGUCUCAUUGUUGAACCAAUGACUACCAGCAGUUCAUCCCAACCAGCAAGAUCAUCAGCCCCACAAUCUUCUUCAUCGUCGUCAUCAUCAACUUCUAACAACCAGCCAAGACAACGUAACUCUGGGCCAGCUAGUAGAACUUCUGGGACAUCCACGACUCCAACUUCAAGUGCAACAUCGCUGCGAUGGAAUCGACAAACUCUACAAUUUUCAGUGAAUGCUUGGGUCCUUGUUGUGGCAAUUCUUGCAAUCUUACCACUUAUACCUGCAAAUCUGUCAAACAGAGCAUUUCGACUGGCCUUUGCAGGAACUGCAUGUUCUUCCCUAUAUUCAUUGUACUCAUUAUAUGGGAAGCCUAGCGCUUGGAAUUUGCAGGCGGUGCAAGUUUGGUUUCAGUCAGUUAUUGUGACGAAAGAUUUUAUCUACUUCAUUUACUGCCUUACUUUUGUCACUUCACAUCUUUACUUGAAAUUUGCUUUGAUUCCCGUUUUAUGCCGAGCGCUUGAACAUGUUGCGAAGUUUCUCCGACGCAACUUCAGCACAUCCUCUUUAUACAGGAAAUACUUGGAAGAGGCUUGUGUGUGGGUCGAGUCAAACACAACUACUCUUAGCAUACUGUCUUCACAGGCUGAGAUUGGGCUUGGAUUUCUUCUAAUUGUGUCCCUAUUAUCUUGGCAGCGUAACAUAAUACAAGCUUUCAUGUAUUGGCAGCUAUUGAAGCUUAUGUAUCAAGCUCCUGCUACUGCUGGUUACCAUCAGAACAUGUGGGCUAAGAUCGGGCGGCAUGUAAAUCCUCUGAUUCAAAGAUAUGCUCCAUUCAUGCAUACUCCUAUUUCUGCUAUUCAGAGAUGGUGGUUCAGGUAAAACCGUAGAACAGAGCGGGCAAGACAUAGGACAAAAUUCAUGACAACUAGGUCGGAAGUACUAUUUUAGGUUUCUACUUUGUUCUGGAGGACGAGUAUCAGCUAGACCUUUACUUUUAACUUUUAUAAAAAUAUUAGCUAGUAAUUCCGAAGCAAAACCUUGUAAUAACCUUGGGGCCACUGCAAUUUUUAACAUUUUUUCCAGAAGAGGUUCAGAGAAAGGUGACGUGGCGCUUGGUUAUAAAUUAGUUUACCUUGCCAGAAUGUAAUCUAUUUGUUGAAGAAUGAUUCACUGAUAUCGGGCUUGAAUGGUCUUCUGAGAAGACAUGUGAU